AUGCCAAUUGACACUAAUAGAACAACAGAGGCAGCUGAAGGCAAUUGUAGUUCAGCAAAGGAGGUGUUAACAGGCCAAAUUUCUUUACAGAACUACCGUUUAGACUUUAACAGCUACGCAGACAAUUGGGAUGGCGCACCAGCAACUAUUGUACCAACAGAAAACUCCACCGUAUAUGGCACACUUUGGGAAAUCGAUAUUUCCAACUUAGCUGAUAUUGAUGACCAAGAAGGAGUAUCAGAAGGAGAAUAUGAACCGGUCAAUAUAUCAGUUUUUUUAAAUAAUGAUACAGUAGUGAAUGCGCGUUCCUAUGUUUUAGUUAAGCAACCUGAAAUACCACUGAAAAUGUUGAAUAUAUCGGAUAUUCCUUUCGAACGACAACCAUCGAAGACAUACUUACAAUGUUUAGUUAAAGGCGCCAUUGAGUCUGAGCUUCCAGAUGAAUAUAUACAUUGGUUGAGAACUAUCAAACACAAUGGAAAGGUGGCUAAGGAUUUGGAAGAUUUUUUAAAAUUGAGUGAUAUAAAAUUGUCAACAUAACUGCAUUUAUAUAGUAAUUGUUUUGUAACUUUAUCACCGAAAUCAUAUUUGUUUCUAGUAAUAUUUGUUACCAAAUAGAAGGAUAUAAAU